GCUCACCUCAACAUCACUUGUUUGACGUCCACCGGUAACAAGUGGGCACAGCAGCGCCAGCACUACGCCUUCUUCACGCACUUGCCUGGCUGACCAAGGCAAUAGCUAUUACAGGGCCAGCCUUGCAUCGCAUAAGAACGCCAGCUAGCACCAGUGUGCAAAGUGCAACUACUGUGUGAUGCCCACUAUGCCGAAGAAGAAAGCUAAUACCAUCAACAGCAGUAGCAGCAAGAGUUUUGGCAGCACUAGUAUGUUCAAAAAGAGUAGUAGCAGCUCAACGCUGGGUACUCGGACAGACACUAAACUGAGCCAGGCGAGUCUGAGUAGUUUCUUCAAAGCGCGUCCACCCGAUACAUCUGCAAAGGAAGCGCCGGCUAUUCCUGCAUCAAUAAUACCCACCAAACCCUCGACACUGCAUUCAACGCCCAUUGCAAAGCCAGCUCCAACAUCCGUCUCAUUAUCAGCAUUAGCCCUUUUAUCUGAAAGAGCAGUUGGGGCAAAGGCGCCACGGCGGAUCAUCAUCGAUGACAAUGACGAUGAAUACCUCGCUAAUUCUGGUUCACGAGCCAUGUCAAUGCUCACUACAAAGCCAUUGAAGCGAUUCAAGGCAGAAAAGGCUCGUGUUUUCACCAUUCAACGCACCGCAGCUGCAAUAUCAGCCGUCAACGAUAAUGCAUUGCCAUUUGAGGAUCGCAUGCCAGUUUCGCCGCCUGACACCUCAGACCCUGCUGCUGUGCAAUUGUCAGAGCAAACUGAGAAUGUGGACGACUUGACGAAUCAGAAGCAGAUAGGGCCAGCAACUCAGCCCAUAAUUAUCCCGGAUUCAUCCUCGCAGUCAGGUACCACCAUCACUACCACUCCUCAAAAGGAUAUCACUCAACGCAAUAGCUCAGUUUCUCAGAAAUCCAACGAAAAAUCCAGCCCUUUCAGGACUCCAAAUGAAAAGUCUCGACGCUCAUCUUCAACCAUGGAGUCCCUCGGUCUUUCACCUCAGGAUUCUGUCUUUUGGGUUAGGACGCCGCCAUCAGAGGCGCUGAAAAAGCUUGAGGCCAUGAGUAGUGGCAGCUCGCAUGAGGAAGAGAUUGCAUCGAUCGUGGGCCGUCUUUACGAGACAUCCUCUGCAGGUGCAGCAUUGCGAUCAAUGGAUAAGGAACCGAGAGAUCGGAUCAAGGAUAUGCUAAACACGAUCCGUGGAUCCAGUAUUGUCUUAGAUCCUGACCUAGAAGACGAUCUGGAAGAUUUAGAGAGGCCCGACCCAAAGUCGCCCACAAAGGAGCUUGUCGAUCGACACAAAAACAUGGCGGCGCAUCGGCAAGGCCUCGUCCGACAUCGUAGCGCGCACGAAUUAGGCUGCGCCAAGGAACGAGGAGGCACAACUAGACCCGUAUCCUCCUCAAAUCUACCUUUUCCAGCAUACAUGACGUCCCCCUCCAAGCGCCGUGAGGAUGUGUUGAAGAUGAUUGAGCAGAUAAACGCUAACAUUGGGGAGCCCUCUGAAAAUGGACAGGAUGACAGUGGGGGUCCAUCUUUAUCCAUGCGAACACUAAUGGGCUCCAGGCAGAGUACAGGUGCCAGUACAUUAUUUUCAGGGCGAAGGGCCAGGGUAUUUGACCGGCCAACGGCAUCGGACAGCAUAUCGGGGAUUCCAUUGCAGGACCGGCUUCCUCAGCCACAAUCCCCUCCUGGGGAGUUCGACAGCUUUUUCACAGAUUUGGAUAUGGACGACCAAGACUUUGCGGAGCUCACGCAGUUGGAGCUGUCCUCAACGUCUAUGAGCUCCGCCGGUUCAAACACGACAUCGGUGUCCUGUCCAUCCAGUUCUGCGGGGUCGUGUGCCAACAGAGGUUUCUCUCACGUCCACCGGGAGCUUUUAGACUUGGAUAUGGAGUCUUCUGCCAGCAUGAUCAACAUACGCUCCACACUGCAAAGUUCAGAAUGUGCCGAAACGACUCCUCUGGUGAAUCAGGCAAGAGUUGCGUCCCCCAGAGACGAUUUUGACGAUCUGUUGGAUUUAGGAGACGACUUUGACAUCGAAGACGAUCUCGGCCUCAGUGAGUUCUCUUCGAUGCCUCGGAAAGACAGCGCAAAGUAUAGGCGCUUUCUUGUCAAUGAGGUCAGCGAUGGUAUUAUAGAUAGUCGCUGGAUCGGGCGAUGCAAGGUCCUUGAGGCACAGGAAACGAAAGACAGCACUCACUAUCGAAUAUUCUUGCGGGAUUCUUGGAGCUCCAGCCGGAUCGCACCAGGCAACAUUGUUCACGUCAUCAAUGCGUUGUUCUUCCAGCUGAAUACACCAGAAUUGAUGGUGAACGAUGCACAGGGCUUCCUGAUUGUCCGACCCGACAUUCUCAUCCCAACGUCAGUCCUUGCAGAGAGCUUUUCGUGCAUCAGAAAACCGAUUGUUGACAUCCGGACUCGAAAGACUGACAAAACCACAGUGCCACUCAUUCAUGGAACAAUGCUUCACGAGCUGUUUCAACAUUCUCUCCAAGCCAACAACUUUUCGACUGCGGCCAUGGAAUCCUGCAUUGAUAAAAUUAUCAAAGCUCAUCUGAAUGACCUGUAUCUUGUCAAUGAGUCCAUUGAUAUCGCUAGAGAUAGCAUAUCGCGGCUGAUACCAUCCUGUCAAGACUGGGCAAGACGAUACCUAAGAGCUACGCCCACUUCAGAAGGAACUUUUGAGGACAGCAUUGGCGUAGCAAUUAGCAAUAGGUCAGACGUGUUGUGUGUUAACAAGAUCCUGGACAUCGAAGAAAACAUUUGGUCACCCAUGUUUGGCUUGAAGGGCAAGAUCGAUGCAAGCAUCCAAGUGGUUGUCAAGACGACCAAAAAGACCGCUGGCUUCGAAGAGAUCGACAUGUGCACCCUGACGGUCCCUUUCGAAUUGAAAACUGGCAGGAAGUCCGUCAUACCACAUCGUGCUCAAACCAUGCUCUAUACCCUUCUUAUGACGGAUCGCUACGAUGUGGAUGUGCGGUGGGGCUUACUACUUUAUUUAAAAACAGGAGAGUUCAUUCGCGUUCCAGCACCCCAUGAUGAGAUCAGGACGAUUCUCAUGCAACGCAACGAAAUUGCCGUUUUCGAAGAGGAAAUGUUGACGUUGCCUCCCAUGGCCAAGAACGCACAGAAAUGUGAGCGAUGCUUUUCAUUCUCGUCAUGCAGUGUGCUUCAUAAGCUGCUUGAGGACGGUAAUGCCGAGUCGUCUGGUCUGGGAACGAGGUUCGACGAGGUUACGGAUCAUCUGAACGGGACUCAUGCAGCAUUUCUUCGUCAUUGGAAUCGAUUGCUGACCUUGGAGCAAGGCGACGUGGCCAUGUUCCAAAGUCAGAUUUGGUCCAUGCUGUCAGCUGAGCGACAAGCGGCAGGAGAUUGCUUCAGCAACCUGCUCCUUGUCGAGCAGCUGCAUAGUAGCGAACCGCGGGCCAAAGCCGUGGACGAUGGCGUCGAUGAUAUCUCAUUAGGACGAUAUGGCCGCUAUCGAUAUCGGUUCAAAAUUGAGGCGCCUUUACCCUCUCUCAGCCAGCAAACGCUAUCACAAACUCUGCGUGGUGGCAAUUCGCUGCUGAGCUCCAAUAUCUCUGUCGGCGACCCUAUUGUCGUCUCCUCAGAAACUCAGCACUAUGCUCUAGCGAUUGGCCAAGUCCAGGAUAUGAGUAUGAGCGAUGUUACAGUUGGCCUGGAUCGACCACUACUAGGCCCUCCGAUCAGACUGGAUGGCUAUGACCAGGAACGCAAUCAGUCCUACAGAGGGUUGAUAGACAUUGUCGCAUCAUCCAGGUCGGCUGCAAGUGAUUUUGGCAGCUAUCACGCGUAUCUCCAAAAGUUUGGGACUACCUUUCGCAUCGACAAGGAUGAAAUGGCAGCUGGGAUCGCCAGGACCAGGAACAAUCUGGUGCAACUGUUUCGUGCAGACGCGGACGGAGGUGAUUCAAAGCGACGACGUCUUGUUGUCGAUCUGGAACGCCCUAUCUUUGAACCUGUCAAAGUCUUUCAGCACAAUGACUUGCACUUGAAUGACGAUCAGCGACAUGCCAUCGAAACCGUGCUGACUGCAAGGGACUAUGCACUUAUUCUCGGCAUGCCAGGGACAGGGAAGACCACGACGAUUGCUCAAAUUAUACACACGCUGGUUGCGCAAGGGAAAUCAGUCCUCUUGAGCUCGUACACUCAUUCUGCUGUUGACAACGUUUUAAUGAAGCUGCGGUCCGACAUCAAUGUUGUACGACUUGGAAACAAGGAUAGGAUCCAUCGGGACAUCCGGCACCUGAUACCUGACUUUAGUCAACCGCCUAUGAACACUGUAGAAGCUAUCCAUAAAUUUUAUGGAAGAUGUCAAGUUGUCGGGACGACAUGUCUAGGCAUUGGCGAUAUAAUAGCCCCCUAUUCACAGAGAAACGCUUUGACUACUGCAUAAUCGAUGAGGCAUCCCAGAUCACUCUGCCAGCAUGCCUUGGGCCCAUACGUUAUGCCGAUGUCUUUGUUCUCGUUGGGGAUCACAAUCAACUUCCGCCUCUUGUCAAAAAUGCAGAGGCAAAGAAGGA